GAGGAGGGGGAGGAGAAGGGGGGGAGGAAAAACACUAAAGGGGUAGCUAUGGAGAUGGAGCGUUUUCCUGGCUGCUUUCUUUGACAGGUGUUGAGUGGGGCAAAAGUCUUAAAACAGAAUUCAGCAUGUACGCCAAAGGUAAAGGAGCUGUCGUCCCUUCCGAUAGCCAAGCGAGAGAAAAGUUAGCUUUAUAUGUGUAUGAGUAUUUGCUGCAUGUUGGCGCACAGAAAUCAGCACAGACCUUCCUGUCAGAGAUUCGAUGGGAGAAGAAUAUCACACUCGGGGAGCCUCCAGGAUUUUUACACUCAUGGUGGUGUGUAUUCUGGGACCUGUACUGCGCCGCCCCGGACCGGAGGGAGACAUGCGAACAUUCCAGCGAGGCCAAGGCCUUCCAUGACUAUAGUGCAGCCGCUGCUCCCAGUCCAGUGAUGGGCAACAUGCCACCCAAUGACGGCAUGCCAGGAGGACCCAUGCCUCCAGGCUUCUUUCAAGGUCCUCCAGGAUCCCAGCCUUCCCCUCACACACAGCCUCCCCCACACAACCCAAACAAUCCUAUGAUGGGACCUCAUGGACAGCCAUUUAUGUCUCCACGGUACCCAGGUGGCCCAAGACCCUCACUUCGUAUGCCAAAUCAGCCUCCUGGGAGCAUCCCUGGGUCACAGCCCCUCCUUCCAAACAGCCUGGACCCAACUCGACCUCAAGGACAUCCGAGCAUGGGCGGUCCGAUGAGAAUGAAUCCCCCUCGAGGGAUGGGAGGCAUGGGCCCACAGAGCUAUGGUGGAGGAAUGAGGCCCCCUCCCAACUCCAUGGGACCAGGGAUGCCGGGCAUGAACAUGGGUCCUGGUGGAAGAGGUCCAUGGCCGAACCCCAACAAUAACUCGAUAGCUUAUUCAUCUUCAUCUCCAGGAAACUACGUGGGUCCUCCAGGGGGAGGCGGCCCCCCAGGAACUCCCAUCAUGCCUAGCCCCGGAGAUUCUACAAAUUCCAGUGAAAACAUUUACACAAUGAUGAAUCCCAUCGGUCCCGGUGGAAACAGACCUAGCUUCCCAAUGGGACCAGGUCCAGAUGGACCCAUGGGUGGAAUGGGAGCUAUGGAGCAGCAUCAUAUGAACGGAUCACUAGGUUCUGGUGACAUGGAUGGGUUGCCAAAGAAUUCUCCCAACAAUAUGGCGGGCAUGAACAAUCCUCCCGGCACCCCGCGGGAUGACGGAGAGAUGGCAGGCAACUUUUUAAACCCAUUCCAAAGUGAAAGUUAUUCACCCAACAUGACGAUGAGUGUGUGAUUUUUUUUUAUUCACCUUUUUCAUUUCCUUUUAUCUGAAUCCCCCUCCCGACCACCCUGCUGUGUCUUGCAUCACCUUCCUCGUCCUCCUUCUCCUUUAUCAUCGUGGAUGGUGUGCCACACAGCUCCUGGGGAUUGCCCUGGAGAGCAGGACUUCCCUGAAGACUCAACAUCCUGCUGCCUGUAAAAUGGGCGUCAGAGCAUGAAAUGGUCUUGGAACAGCAGGAAGGAGCUCCUCACUACAACUUCUUCUUCUCUCCUGCUAGGAUCCGUCAAGGGCCCCAGAGCCUGAACCUGCAUCGAGUCUGCAUCUCUGACAAAAACCAAACCUGCUCUUGUGGGUGGCAUUCGGGCAUUAUCAGGACUACUCUGUUCAUUUAGCACUGUUUUGGGACAGAAAACCCUCAUUCAGAUGCUCUGGACUGAUUACUAAAACAUGAACUUGUGAUGAUCUUUUAGGGCUAGAAUGAUUUCAUGCAUUUUUUGAGUUGAUAUUGUUCUAAUUUGCAUAGCCGAUGCUAUUCUUGUGUUUUAUCUCUGCAGCAGCAAGCACACAUUGGAUGAAUGAUUGAUUUUCUGACUGUUUUCUUUAGACUUACAGAUUUGUUUCAGACACCUCUGCACAAAAAUGCAUUGCAACUUUGUCUUUGCCUCCUGGAUCUUUCUCCUAGACGUUCACAGGAAAGAUUUCUAAUGAGGCCUGAUCUGAGCAUUGCUGUUUUCUGAUACAGAUUGACUGUUGAUGCACAUGGAUGAUCAGCUGUUUGUCUGUCUUGUCUUUUGUAAACCCAAAUACAGCUGUCUGUUUCUGUUCUGUCGACACGAUGAGCCGACUGUCAGGAGAGGAGCUGCUUCGUAUUCAGAAACAGACCACGAUGGAGGAUUUUCUGCAUCUUCUUGUCUCCUCUGUAGUCUUGUUCUUGUCUGUAAAAACAACAAAAUUCGAUUGUUUUUAUUUGUUAUUUACAAGGUGUCUGUGAAACCAGAAAUGCUCUUCCCAUUCUGGUUCAUGACGCCCAAGUGAUGUCACAGAUUCUGUUGAUCAACUUUCAAACGAAACCGGCACAGUCUCUGCAAAACGACGUUGUUUUUCUAGGAAAGCCCCUUUAAAUAGGGUAAUGGACUCAUGGGUUUGUGUGAUGUGAUUCAUCUUGAGCUCGUCUAAAGAGAAGGAACCAUUUGUAGAUUGUUUUCAACAUUUAUUUUUAUUUCUGAUGUAUUCAGCUGAAGUUAAAGCCCCAAUAAUCUACUCAAAAACAAAAGUGUGGUGACACAGUCAGUCUGAUUCAACGAUUCUGCCUCCUUCGAUCUAUCCACUAACAAUAACUAAAGAACCACUGCAACCUCUGUCGGAGACUUCUUAUGAUUUACUGAUACGACUGUGAACAGAUAGUGCCCAGAUAUCAGUUGGGGUAUCUCCAAGAUUUGGCCAUCAGUGGCUUGGAAAUCUCUCUCUGUCCAGCGUUCCUUAGAAGCAGUGACACACCGCCCUCCCUCCCUCCCACCCUUUCAUUUUCUCUCUCUUGUUUUCUUGUAAAUACUGUAUAAUGCAUUUUGAUAUCAUUGACAUGUUUUGAUAUGUCAGUCACUACCAAUGAAUACAGCUGAAAGUAAAUUAUAAAUAAAACUGUUCAUGUUUUCUUUUUUCAUAGAGAAAGGAUGUGAGAAAGGCUUGUGUGGCUAAAUUUAUAGAAUACUGUAAAGUGACUAAAUGUAUAAAAUGACACACGGACUGUAUGCUAAAGGCUCGUGUGUGUCGGGGGGAGGAUGGGCCAGAGAGAAGCAAACGCGCUGCUGCGGCGUCCUCGCUCUGCCCUUGACUCGAUUCAGUCAAAUGUUGCUGUUUGGUUUUGAAAACGUUUUUUUUAAAGAAUCAUGUGAAUAGGUUUUCCAAAGGGCAUCUUCUCUCAAAAAAAUAGUGCAUGUGACCUCAGGUUGCAGUUUUUCAUAUGAAGGAUUUCUAUUGAUUAACGAAAACUUUUAAAAAUGGAAAAAAAAGGAAACAUUUUAAAUUAAAGAGAUCAAAAUCUAAAACUUACGAGGAAAAACUAUUCACGUGCGUGAUAGCAUUGUAUAGUUUGAAGCUCUCUCACUGAUCCUCUCUCAGUCCUCUGUGUAUAUUGAUCGUUGGCCAUCUCUGUACUUCUAUUGUGAUGUAUAAUACUGUACCAUUAGGAAGAUUUGCUGGUCGGAGGGGGCGGGGGGUUGUGGUCAUUUUGCUUGGGGGGAGGGGGGUUUAAAGGAUGGGGAUAUAAAGGAUUCUCCAAUCACGGUCCUCUAAUGACACGGCAGUAUUCAAUAUGAAGCAGUCUGUCUCUUGGGUUUGCUUUGUAUCUCAUGGUAGGAUAGUCGAGAAUCUUGUCUUAGGGAUUUAGCUGUCUUGUGUAGGUAAUAAAGAUGUUCUUUGUAUGUUUCUUUUUAUUGUAAAGUUCUUUUAGACUGAAAGAAAAACAGACAAUUUGCUUAUAAAAAAGAAACGAUGCAUCAAUAAUAAAUGUCAUUUGAUUUUU